AUGGCCACCGAGGCAGCCAGCCGAGCCGCGCCUCGCCCCUAUAAGAAGCCCAGCCUCGCCCCUAGGGUUUUCCCUUUCCUAUCCUCCUCCCCACGCCGCCGCCGCAAGGUAGGUCCAAGCCAUGCCUCCAUAUUCGUCGCCCCCUUCCGCCAGAGAGCUCCUGGAGCACUUCCAUGGCUCUACCGCAGCCAUAUCCCUCCUCCGUCGUCGUCUUCGCUCCGGGUCGACUCGCCGACGUCGUCCCGUUUGAUUUCCAACAAGGCCAGGAGCCAGAAGGGCCACGGCGACGCAAUCGUCUUCCUCUACGUCGUCUGCUUCCUCUACGUCGUCUGCUUCCCCUGCUUCGUCUUCUUCAUGGAGCCGAGCUUCAUCACGAUCAGCGCGUCCUCGAGUCCUACCUGUCGCGUCUCCGGCCGACUCGUCUUGUCCUACGGGACCGAGCCACCGUGCUUCGCCAUGGACGCGCCGAACCCUCUGCUUCCACCGCUCUGCCGCUCGGCCACACCCUUGCAUGUUGCUCCGCACCCCGCACGCACCUGAAGCCAGCAGCUCUCGCGCGCGACCGAAGCCUCGUGCCUCCGCCGCACCUCGCCAUGGCCCCGAGCCAAGGAAACGCUUGAGCUCGAGGUCUCUGCUUCCGCCUCACUCCGCACGCCGCGCGCCACACCUCCACCUAUUUCCGCACCCCCGCCAUCGGCCUGUGGUCGCGACGGUCGCCGUCUUGCUUGCCGGCAUCGUCACCCAGUUCCUCUCUGAUCCACGAAGAAGAAGGCCUGGCCUUUGCUUCGGUUCAACUACUGUCACGACCUUGUUUUGCACAAAUAAGAAGCAGCAGCGCAUUGGUCCGCGCCUUGCUCCUCUAUACAGGAGGUCGUGGGAUCAAGUCCCAGCUGUCCCAAUUUUUUCUCUGUUUUUCCUGUACUGUUGCACGCGCACACCCACAUCCGCUUCGGGCCAGAUCUGCUGCUGGGCUUCCACAGUGCGCAGCAUUCGGCCCGCAUCUUUUUUUUAUGUUCGCUGCGAUUUUUCUAAUUCCAAGUGCAUGCAUAUUUACAGGAGAUGCCAUCAUUCUGAAUUGUUAAUAACUAAAAAUCCAUGCAUCCAAAUAAAACAUGUCAUAUAUGUAACAUGCUUAAAAUUUCAUGUACUUUCACAAUUUGCAACUUCUGUCCGUGUUUAAACUGCUUAAACAUGUUGUUUGAUUAAAUUUGCUAAAAUGCCAUGUUAAAAUGAUUUAUUCCAUAACUAAAUAACCGUAGCUCCAAAUUUAAUAAACUUUAUAUAUAAAUGGGGUGGA